AUGGCUGAAUCUCGCCCCGUGUCUUCAGAAGUGGCUGAUGUUCAACUUUCCCAUGACUCUGUCACUGUGCCAGGGCUAGGAGUGCAGAACAGCUUAAGGGGGGUAUUAAAACACAAUGAGUUGGGCAUUUGUCCAAAAGGUGUCACCUCCAAUGUGUUCCGCUUUAAUGUGUCCUCGGCAGAGAAGAACAGCACCAACUUGUUCCGGGCCGAGUUUCGGGUGCUGCGUGUGCCCAACCCGAGCUCCAAACGCAGCGAGCAACGCAUUGAGCUCUUCCAGAUCCUUCGGCCGGAUGAGCACAUAGCAAAGCAGCGCUACCUCAGUGGCAGGAAUGUGCAGACACGGGGCUCCCCUGAGUGGCUGUCCUUCGAUGUCACCGAGACUGUGCGUGAGUGGCUUCUGCACAGAGAGUCCAACCUUGGCCUGGAAAUUAGCAUACACUGUCCUUGCCAUACUUUUCAGCCCAACGGGGACAUCUUGGAGAAUUUGCAUGAGGUCUUGGAGAUCAAAUUCAAAGGCAUUGACAGUGAGGAUGACUAUGGCCGUGGGGACUUGGGGCGCCUGAAGAAGCAGAAAGACUUGCAUAAUCCCCACCUCAUCUUGAUGAUGUUACCCCCACAUCGGCUAGAGAGCCCAGCAUUAGGAGGCCAGAGAAAGAAACGGGCCCUGGAUACCAACUACUGUUUCCGGAACCUGGAGGAGAACUGCUGCGUGCGUCCUCUGUACAUCGACUUCCGACAGGACCUUGGCUGGAAAUGGGUCCACGAGCCUAAGGGCUACUUUGCUAACUUUUGUUCAGGCCCUUGUCCGUACCUCCGCAGCGCAGACACCACUCACAGCACGGUGCUGGGCUUAUACAACACGCUGAACCCUGAGGCAUCUGCUUCGCCCUGCUGUGUGCCCCAGGACCUGGAGCCACUCACUAUCUUGUACUAUGUCGGGAGGACCCCCAAAGUGGAGCAGCUCUCCAACAUGGUGGUGAAAUCCUGCAAGUGCAGCUGAAAAGCACCCUGGCCCGCCCAAAGCCAAGAGAGAAACUGUCAGCACCCACUCUCCUGCUCCCAGGCUAAGACAAAAGGAACUGGGUGUCAGAGACUAUGCAUGCUGAGGGCCGAAUGCCAAACCCUGUGGCUUAGGGUCUGGCAGCCCUUGGGGAUCUCUUCUGGAACAUUUCUUGGUCUUGUUGUCAGUGUCACGUUUCUUCUGGGAGUUACUUUGGUGGCACAAAGGCCACACUCUCCAUAAUAGCUGGACAGUUGGUGCAGAAGAGAAGGACAGGGUGGAGGACUUCUGUGUAUUUGAAUGCUGGGUGGUUGGGCUGGGAAAGCAAGGGAAUGAGAAAGAGCAGGUGAAAGAGGGAAUGGAAAUGGGGAGAUGUUUUCUAUUCUAGCUUUAGCUAUCUUAGGACCUCAACCCUCCCCGCUGGCCUGAAGAAUUACAGGUUUCCCCUGUAGGAGGAAACCCUGAAAGUUUCUUUAGACAAAGAAAAUGCACCAAGGGAAUUUGCUGAGAGAAGAAAUGCUCAGAGAUACACUUAGACUUUUGUUCCUCAGAGCUG